UGUGGAUGCAAAUGUGUUCUCCCAGUGUGGAGCUACCAGAUUGCAGGUGCAGUCUGCCACAGGAAAGAUUCAUCUCCAGCUAGAGUCCAGGGCUGAUCCUCGCCUGACAUUCGGGGCUGGUGGAUGGAACUGCUGCGUUAGCCAGCAGUUUUCAAGCUCCGUGCUGCAACAGACCAACUCCAUGGCGGGCUGCGGAGAUUUGUGCAUGACCCAAAUGAGAGGGGAUCAGCAGCAGCAGCAGCAGCGCUAUGGGGUACGAUCCUAUCUGCACUUAUUCUAUGAGGACUGCACUGGCUCAAUGCUGGAGGAUGAUGAACCGGAUGAGCUGAACAGGCAGCGCUCCUCCAGUGGCUGGCGGUCAGCCCUCUGGAAGGUGGGCCUGUCAGCAGGGACCAUCCUUUUCCUCGUUGGCCUAGCAACAGUCACUACUGGUUACCUGGUGCCCCCGAAGAUCGAAGGUAUCGGGGAGGCUGAUUUCCUCGUGGUGGACAGGCGUGCCAUCGAGUACAAUGAGGCGCUGGAGGUCAGCAAGCUGGUGGGCGCCAUCCUUUUCAGCGUGGGAGGAACAGCAAUCGCAGCGUGCAUUCUGGUUCUGACCCUUUCCAGGCAUCCCCCCAGAGAUGAAGAGAGACAAUUUUCACCCAUUCUGAAACGAGGCCCACUUGAAACAAAGCACAAAAUGGCUCUAACAACUGGGUCACCAGGGGAUGCCCAAAUCCCUGUUAGCUUGUCAAGAGUACAGAGUAUCCAACCCAAAACGGGAACCUGAGGGACCAGUGCCUAAGCCCUUUAUGAAACAGGUCUCCUUUAUAAUGUGAAUUCCAGUGUGAAGUCUUAAUCAAAUGGUCCCACUUCCAUAGAUUGGCUUUAAGAGGUGAUUCCUUACUGAUGUGAAAAGAUUUCUGGCUGAUCUGAAUAUUUAGGGCCCCAGCCCUUUCCUAACCCAAAAUCCUGCAUUUUACUUAUCCAGGGGUGUUUCAUUUGAAGGUCUAUAUCAGUAAAACCUGCCACCUUGAGUCUUUUCCUGUCCUCUUGUGCAUUUCUAAUUUCCAUCACUCCACCACUGACACUCAUUCCUUCCACUGCCUGUGCUCUGGAUAAAAACAAAAGGCUCCUAAUGCUGGAAAUCUGAAAGUGCUGGAGAAACUCA